AUGAUUUACAGAAUAGAUAAGAAGUCGAUUAAGAGGCUCUAUCUAUCGAGGAAUGCAAAAAGUUCCCAUGUCCGUUCUUCCCUCAUCACACUUGUAGAAAUAGGAAAUCCUUAUUUGACUUUUAUGCUUUAUGCAAUGUUUCAGGACAUGCUUCCUGAGAUGUCAUGCCCAGCACCGUUUGGCAUUCUUAUGGAAAGCAGCAAGAUAGUUAGCUACAUGGUUGGAAGGAUUAUAGGAAAAGACGUAGCAUUUGAGCCUAGAGAAGAGCGCAGCAGUGAUAGAUGGAGCGAAAGCGAUUACAUUGAAGUCAUGAGGUUUCUCUUGAGCCUCGAAAGAACCAACAGAAGGUUAUCAUAUAUCGAUCAGCCCUUCAUUCUAUAUGUGGUGUCGAAGAUAUCGGAGACAGAAAAGGCAAAGCUAAUCAGAUUCUUAGAAGUCUCUCCUCUCUGUAUAUUAGUAAUGAAGACAAUGAGUACCAGCAGCCUGAAGGGUAUUCACUUGGAAGUUAUCACCUUCCUGAAGGCUAAAGAUAUGGAAUAUGAGGAGGGGUUUAAGUAUGUGCAUGAGUCAAGUGUAGAUUUCAGGGCUCUAAAAAGAGUGUUUUUGAGGUCUAACUUCCCACAAAUACAAAACUACUUCCAUGCUCUGGUAGACUUCUGUCCCGAAAUGAUGUUUGGAAUAGGAAAGCCCUAUACUAACAGGAUGGAAGUAUUUGGAGAUCCUCUUUUGAUACCAAUCAAGCCGAAGCUAUUAUGUGCCUAUAUAUCUGCCUGUGUGCACUUUAUCAAAAGAAAGUACAGGGCUCUUGAGCAGGAAAAGAACUUGGAUGUGUUGAUAAAAACCAUUUACAUUGAAAGAAUCCUCUCAGCUUGUCCUAAAAAGCGUCUCUUGAAAAAAGUGAUCCAUCAAAUGAUUCUCGACACGCCUAUUCUCGUGAAAGUUAUCGUAAUGAGAAGAUUUCCAUCUAAUCUUGUUAAAAGAAUAGUUAGAUGUGUACCGUCCUUUCACCUUGCAUAUGAGAUGUCGCUAAGGAUUCUUUGUAAAAAUCCUAAUGAUAACUUCUAUGAAACACUAGUUGAAGAGCUCCUCAAGAAAUAUCCAACUGAAAGCAAUGUGAAGAAGUUUGGAGCAUGUUCUCACUUACUUAGCAAGCCACUUCUAAAAAGGUUGAAAUAUCUUACCGAUGCCUGUUCUAGCGAAUAG